CCGAAAAUACGCGUUAAACAUCUUUAUUCAUCUUAUCCAUUUAUUUCUUAAUUAGGGACCACACUCUCUUUCAAAAUGCAGCAACUAACAACAAAAUCGCAUAAUUUAGAGUAUUAAUCAUUUAAAAGAAAAUGUAUAUUUCGUUAGUCUGUAAGUAAGGUUUGAAACGCAAAGUAAAUCUCAAGUAAUGCCAAAACUAUACUGCCACUUUUCCCUGGAUCUAAAAAAUGGGCCUAAUAAUAAAAUAAUUACUAAUUUGAGUCAUUAGUUAGUAAUUUUAGUCAUUUUAAUUUUAGUUUUAGUCUACCAACUUUACUGACUUUAGUUUUAGUAAAUUUAAAUUAAAAGCUGUCAGUGUCAGCUGCGAAUUUGUUGCAAUGUGUGAAGAACGUGGCCAAAUAAAUGGCUUAAAGGCAGAAGCAAGGUUAACAGAGUUAAAAAAGCUUUCAGCAAAUGUAAGUUAAGUAUAAGCCCACUAUUACUAAUUACUUAUAAAUUAUAUGGCAGUGGACUCAGUGGUUGUAGUAUCAGGAUUUUUCUUAGACUUGUCACAUGAAAAAAAUAAAAAAAUUUGCAUGGCAUGAUAGACCGCCCAUAUGCAUUAGACUAAUUAGAGAAAUGCAGGGAGCACAGCUGCUUUGUAUGCUUCAUUUUUGUUUGAGUGCUGAUACUUACUUUUUCAUUUUAUAUUGUUAGUUGGUUAAAUUAUUGAAAAAUAAUGUAUUUUCCAAUAUUCAAAAUACCGGUAUUCAAAUGAAUGAACUUAUUUAAACAGCCACCUUUUAGUGGAAACAAUUUGAUACACAGUGCCCGGUCUUGUUGAGAAAAGAGCGUGCCCGCCGGAAGGUUAAGCCUUUCACCAUAUACUUGAACAUUGGGCUCAACAUAAGUAGUUCAUGGAGCUGGUUUGAAAAGUACCUCAGUCUUUUUUGUGUUAAUGGUGAGACUGAAUUUUGUGCAGGCAUUGGAGAAAUUAGUAACUCGCAGAUCUCCCCAGAAUCUUUACCCUUUGAUGCAGUCCCAGCUUGGCUGGGCGGGACGACCGCUUGCCCAAAAGAAUAUUCUUUGAUGAGCUUGAGCAUGGAAGGAUGUUUGCUGGUGGUCAGAAAUGCUUUAAAGGCACCUUUAAAGCCUCAUUUAAAACAUUCUAUAUAGACACAGACACAUGGGAAGAAGCCUCAAAGGACAGAGCAUUGUGGAGUUCCUCUGUACACAACGGUUCCAUACAACUGGAAGCCAACAGAAAAACGGCUGCAGAGCACAAAAGACAUGCCCAAAAAGUCCGGUUUAACUCUGCACCUGGAGAUGUCCCAUCAAUCUCCUGCAUGUACUGCACAAGAACAUUUCGUGCCAGAAUCAGCCUCAUCAACCAUCUGGACACCCACAGCAAAUUUCACAAUUAGCACAUCCAAUGAUUAAGGUGGUAAUAGUUGAUUUCUGCUGAGGGACUUAGUGUUUAAGUGUAGCCAAAACAUUUUAUUUGUAUUUUGUCAAAACAAUUAUUAAGGCUUACCAUUCUUGUGACACAUGCUCUUGAUACACAAGUUAUAUGUAUUGUUUAUCAGUCCAACCUUAUUUAUUAAGACUUAUUACUAAAUUACUGGCCUUCUUAUUUUGUAUUCUUAUUUUACUAGAAAUAAUGGAUAUAUAUUUUUGGAACCCCAGCCUAUAUGACACUUUAUCAUGUGUGUAUACAAAUUAGCCAAACAUGCCUAGAGCCUCAUUGGUAUUUUAUUCACAAGUUAAAGCUUUAAAAAAGAAUUUGAGAACUCAAAAAGAACUAAAUUCUUUCUGAUUCUUAUAAUUUGUUCAGAGAACUUUAAAGAAGGAAGGGCCCAACUGUAACUUAUAAGACAAAUGAAAAGGGUUGAAAUAGUGCUGAAUUACUCAAAUAUUUUACAGCUUGAUCAUGAACUGCAUACAAAGGAUAAACUUAUGUUUCAAUUGAUACAUGACAAAAACAGUCUUUCGAGGAAUGUUGACCAGGAAACCCCUGUUUCUCUAAAUGCUGAAAUUUUAUCACAGUAAGCUGCAUUUUUAAUUAUUUGUUAUAAUUUUGUCAACUUAUCAACAUUUACAGGUACAUUUCAUAUUCUCAAAUUAAAUUUUGGCAGCGCUAGGUAGAUAUUUUAGUGAAAAUGUUCUUUAGUACAUUUUAUUUUAAACCUAAGAAUUUAUUUUAGUUCAAAAAAAAAUUUUUUUAAAAUUUCUUUCAUCCUUUUUUUAAACCCGUCUAAGCUAUAUGUAGCGUUUCAAAGCUUGAUUUCACAAUUUCAACAUUUCCCCUGAUUUCUUCUUAAUAAAAUUGGAAUUACUGUGGUAAAUCUUAAUUUCCCCCCAAUCAGUCUCAUAUAAAAUUAUAUAUUAAACCUCUCCUUGAUAUAUUUUAAACCCAACUUGCUGUUUAAUAAGAAAAAUGGAUUAAGUUAAAUAUUUCAUUAAAUUAAAUGGUGUAAAAAAUUAACGUAAAAUUCUUUUAAGUUAUAUGGAGAGCACUAAGUUUUAUAACUUUUUUUAGUAAAAAAAAAAAAAAGACAACAUAUAAAGCACUUACUCCUUGUCAUCAAAAAAAAUUUUUUACAAUGCAUUAUUUAAAUAAAAAUUCUUUGUAAAUUAAAAGAAGAAUAAAACAAAUGGCACUAAUUAUUAGUUUAAUAUGUUAUUCAGUAUAUUUAUAUUUUUUCCCUAUUCAGCAAUAAAUACAUAUUGCCGCUUGUGAAAGAAAUUUAUUUACUUGAAUUAAAAGUAAAAGAAUGUCAGAAGGAGUAUGAGAACAAAAAUCUUAAAUGGGAAAUAGCAAAUCUCGGUUUUAGCUUACUUGCAGGUAAGUGUUUUAAAAUUAUAAAAUAAUUAAUCUUCAGUUACCAGAUAUAUUGAAAUUAUUGUCAAUUAAAUUACAUUAAAAAAAGAUUAUCUAUAUUAUAAUUAAGUUGUAUAAUUAAAAAAUAACCUUAAUGCAUUGAAUCUACCUUAAUUUAAAAAUAUUACAAUAGUUUAUAUGCCGGUAGCCUAAACUUGUGAUAAAUUAUUAUAUUUUUCAGAUUCUUUUGAUGAAAAUGACUGCGUUUUAAAGCAAUGGCUGAGAGAACUUAAUGACAUGGUUAAAGCAGGUGAAUGUUAUCCAUACACAUACAAUUUAAUGUCAGCUUUAAAAAAAUAGAUUUGCUAUGUUUUCAGUUAUUCAUCAUCAAUGUUUAAAACCAUAUCAUUUAGUAUUUUAAUGUUAACAAAGCAAAUUAAUCUCACAAACUUGAAUUAUUACGGUAUAAUAUACAUAGUACCGGCAUGAGUUUCAACAUAUUACUGCUUUACACAGAUCAAUGACUGAACUUUUUAUUUAUAAUUGCAUAAUUAUUGAAUAUUUUAUUAAUUAUAUAUUCUCUUUUGUGAUUGUUCUGCAGCAUUCUAAAUUGACUGCUAUUUUAUUUUACCACACAGUUGAAAAAAGUAAAGAUAUCUCAAGCAUUGAAGACCAGUAUCAGAUAACAAACAUUACCUACCAAAUAAAACUAACAGAGCUGAACUGUUUACAUGAGAUCCUUGGGUUUACUGUAUUGAACAAAGGCGUUCAUGUGAGAGUAAAAAUAACUACCAAAGUGGCAUGUACCGAUGUUCAGUAAGUCAUAUAAAUUUCCUAGUAUAAUAGAAUAGCCUAAUAAUACAAUUACCUACAAUUUUCUCCAGAAGUAUUUCAGAAAAUUAAAUCGUAAAGAUAAUUCUAAGAAUUUGCACAUAUAUUUUUUUUUCUUUGAAUAUUGAAGGUAAUUAAAAUCCUAAUUUUUUCCACAGUUUAAUGUCAAAGGGUGAUUUUAGCCUUGAUGUCAACAGUGAUACAUUUAUUGAAGGAUUGUCAGAAAAAGUGAAGGAUCUUUUAAUAAAUGAUGGAUGCAUCUCCAAUGUUAUAUCAACAGUAGCUAAUUACAUUGAAAAUGAUAUGGCUCCUUAUGUUAUUAUAAUCCCAAUAAAGAAAAAGAAGAAAACCAAAGUACUGAAGGGUAAAGAAAGUUUAGUUAAGGAUUAAAAUUAAACUUAAGGGCAAGUUAAAUCCCUAAACUGAAUUAGGAAAUUUAAACAUUUUUGUGUGUUUCUGUUAUUAGAAAUCAUGUUAAAAAUUAUUUUAUUUUAAAAUCUCUGUAAGUAAAAAAUAAUGUUUUAAAUUUAAUUAAUUGUUUAAGUAAGGUAAGUGAUUGCAAAUAUAUACCCCAAAAAUGACCCAAUUUUAAAAUCUCAGAUGCUAAGUACAGACAGACCUAGAACCUUACAAAUUUAACAUGUAGUCCUCAUUGGUUUACAAUUGGUUUCCUGGUUAGUAAAAUAUUUGUAGUACUGUGAAGUAAAAAAUGUAAUUUACCUUAAUUUCUCAGAUAUCCAUGUUCUUGAUAAUUGAUAAACAAGAUAUUUUUUAGCCCAUUUAUUUACCAUAUGUUAUCUUAUUAUCUAUAUAUAUAAUUCCCCAGCUAAGGUAAAAAAAGACGGGUCAAACAAGACGCAGGCUAUUUAUAGAUACGAUAGAGUGUGGUUCAAUAACGAGUACACUAGCGCGUAAAAUAUAAUUCCCUAUAACUACGCUAAAUGAUAUAUAUAUAUUUAAUAACGCAAUUGUGUUUGGUGUGUAAUAUUUUCUUUUCAGAAAUAAAAUCGUCUCAAUUUAAGUAUUGUGUAAAAUAUUAUUCGGUUUAAAAGUGGUUUGGACAUGAGAAUAUUAAUAUAGUUCAUGGGCGUGAAAUAAAAAGUGUGCAGUGACGCAUCAUGGGGGAAGGGGUGUAGCAACUGUCAUUCCCCGAAGAAUUUCUUAACAGUCUUACUCCCACUGGCAUGCCUCCGCAUAAACUCAAAAAUAAAAUUGGUUCAGUUGUCAUGCUUAUCAGAAACCUCAUGCCAGCAAGAGUUCUCUGUAAUGGCACUAGACUGACUGUUACCAACAUUCACUGCAAUGUGCUAAAGUGUCGAACUAUGGCAGCUGCCACCGCAAAAACUGUCCUUAUUUCCCGGAUUUCCCUCACAACAUCAGAUUCAAAUUUACCUUUUACUUUUACGCAGGGACAAUGUCCUGUUAGAUUAUCCUUUGCAAUGACAAUUAAUAAGGCACAGGGACAAAGUUUCAAAACGAUAUGCUUCUAUCUACCAAAACCGGUCUUCAGUCACGGACUGUUGUAUGUAGCUCUCUCCAGAGUUCCAUCUUUUCACGCAAUCACUGUUGUAUCCUCAAACCCACCCCAUUUAACUUUGUCUUUCACGAAGUCUUCACUCAUCUAUGAGCAAUUCAGCAACGUAUGCUACAUCGCGGGUCGACUAGUAAUAUAUAAUUUGGCAGCAAAGGUCAAAGACCACCACCAUGCAAGCUAUAUAUAGAUGCGCCAGAGUGUGGUUAAAUAAUGAGUUCGCUAGCGCGCAAAAUAUAAUUCCUGAUAACUACGCUAAAUGACAUAUAUAGAUUUUUUAUAACGCAAUUGCAAUUGGUAAUAUUUUCUUUUCAGAAAUGAAAUCGUCUCAAUUUAAGUAUUGUGCAAAAAAUAUUCGGUUUAAAGGUGGUUGGGACAUGAGAAUCUAUAUACCGUAUAUAAUUCGCCAGCAAAGGUCAAACAACAUGCAGGCUAUUUAUAGAUACGCCAGAGUGUGGUUCAAUAAGAACGAAUAAAACAGAGUAGGGUUAAACCUGAAAAAAGAUAUGCAACAAAACAAUGAACGUGUGGGCAGACAGCCUUCGUCAGCGAACAGAACAACAGAAAAAACGGUAUAAAAAUAAGAAAUAUCACUUAGCUUAAACGUAGUAUCCGUGGGCAGCAAAAUAAAUGUCACAUUUCAUGGGGUAGGGGUGUAGCAAAUAUUGGGAUUCUUAAAUGUGCCUUACUUGAGUUCAUGUUUUGUCAAGUAACUUUACUAGAUGGGAAGUUCAUGCAUUGCUGUCGCCAAUGUUUGGCGGGCUAUAUCUAGUAUUAUAUAAUUUAAUUAAUACUGUAUUACCAAGAAGCCUAUUGUUUGUGUGUGUGUUUGUAUAUAUGUGUAUUUACCAUAUGGUUUGAUGCUGAGCAAAAGAAUUCAUUUCAGACCCUAAAUUAGGAAAUAUCAAAUAAUCAUCAUGAUUAACACAUUCUGCAUCAGUUAUUUAUAGUUUGCCAGUUCCAUAGAGGUGCUGUGCAUAAUCUUGUUAAGAGCUCUUUAGUAUGUAUUCCGUAGCCAAAGUAUUUAGCCCCAAGCAGCCAAGAGUUUUCAAUUCUGAUAUGUUAAUAUUUUAGAAACUACGUUGACAACAAAUAUGGCAUAUGGUGUAUACUUAGGUGAAAAGACUUUUGGGAAACAUUCUGCAUUUCUUCCACAAUCAACAUGUUAUAUAGCUUAAAUCUUACUUGUAAUUUGUAACGAAGUGGUUUAUGUGCGCUGCCAACGCCUACCAUUGUUAAGAAAUCAAAGGUUAUAUGUACUUUUUAUGAUUUCAGGUACAGGUAUUCAGUUUUGAACAUUUUAACUGCCAUUUUUUUUUAAGUUGCUAAUAAAUUGUUUUGUAUUUCUGCUAA